GCCACCUGGCCAUUAUUUUUCAACAGCUGUUACUGCUCGCAAUUUGUUUUUUAUUCUUGCUGAUUGUGCCUCAAAUACUUGACCCGAAAGAAUUCGCGUGAGAUGAUAUAUUACUAGCUGUGGCCAGAGAAUUCCAAACAUCGCAUGCUGACGCAGUCCGUUCCGGUACCGUGCCGCAGGCCUACCCUCUUGGAAUUCGACGCACCUGCCGAUAAAUUGAUUCGAACCACCUGUUGUUCUUGAACGGGGCGCAGCAGCACACCUACUCAUAAAGCCACAAAAUACUCACGCCACGUAGUCUUAGUCAGAAUGUUGCAACGCUUGCCAGCCAAAAUGUGGACGCUCUGCCUUCAGGUGGCUUUGAUGGCCACCUUAGCCCGUGUUUCGGUCUCUCAGCGCGAUAAUCUGGUCGGGCGAUCUCAGAUAUACUACAAUCCCAGCGAGUUGUCCGAGUCAAAGUUCCUGGAGUAUAGCAAUCUUUCGGAUAAACUGCACUUGCGGGAGGCCCUCGGCAACAUCAUGAUUCCGCGGGUUGUGGGAUCCAGAAACCACAGCAUUGUGCGGCAGUUCAUAGUCGAGAGUCUGAGGGACUUAGAAUGGGAUGUGGAGGUGGACAGCUUCCAUGAUCAUGCGCCCAUCAAGGGAAAAUUGCAUUUCCAUAACAUUAUUGCGCGGCUGAAUCCAAAAGCAGAGCGAUAUCUGGUGCUUGCCUGUCACUACGACAGCAAGUAUAUGCCUGGAGUGGAGUUUCUGGGAGCCACCGACUCGGCGGUACCUUGUGCCAUGCUUCUGAACCUUGCUUACGUGCUCCAGGAUCAGCUGGACGAUCUCAAAGAUAACAAACUCAGCCUGAUGCUGUUGUUCUUCGAUGGCGAGGAGGCCUUUAAGGAAUGGGGACCCAAGGAUUCCAUUUAUGGCGCCCGACAUCUGGCUAAGCAGUGGCAUCAUGAGGGAAAACUGGACAACAUCGAUAUGCUGGUCCUCUUGGAUCUACUAGGAGCACCCGAUCCCGCUUUCUACAGCUUCUUCGAGAACACGGAGUCCUGGUAUAUGCGCUUGCAGUCCGUGGAGACCCGCCUGGCUAAACUUGAGCUGCUAGAGCGCUAUGCCAGCAGUGGGAUAGCGCAACGCGAUCCCACACGUUACUUUCAGUCCCAGGCUAUGCGCUCCUCCUUCAUCGAGGAUGACCACAUACCGUUCCUGCGCCGUAACGUGCCCGUUCUCCAUCUUAUUCCAGUGCCCUUUCCCAGUGUUUGGCAUACGCCCGACGAUAACGAGAGUGUGAUUGAUUAUGCGACAACGGACAACCUGGCGCUGAUUAUAAGGCUCUUCACUCUGGAGUAUCUCUUGGGCGCCAAGUAGAUUCCCCGCCAUGAAUCACAAUAAUGUUGUAUCUAAAUUACGGCCUUAUCAAAGAUGACCUGUUCGUUGUAGAUAUCGUUGAUAUCCGUUGUUGAAUGUAUACUUAUGUACCCACCGGUUGGAGGAGCCCCUUGUGGGUCCACUUAAUGUUACAAUUACUUAAGCAGAGCUGCAAUACCUACGCAUAAUCUUAAUAUUUUUAUACUUGUGUAUUUAUACUUACUAGUUUAAAACAAAAUGUAAAACCAAAAGGCUUAGCUAAUAACACUUCAAAGUUAUGCAUACAUAUACAUAUAUAUUUGUUGUAAUGUUUCGGUUGUAAAUUUCUUAGACUUAUGCGCAGUACAACAUACACAAUUAGAAAAUAUACCUUAAAAACUAA